CCAAAAACCAAAAACGCCGAGAGAGAUAGAGAAAAGAGAACAGAGGAAGAAGACGAAGCGACGAACCGUAUAACGGAGAAAUCUACGAAUACGUAUCAGAAUACGUCUACGCUCGUAUAUUUCUACUCAUUCCUCUCACCGUAACGUUAGAGAAGGUGAUUCCCCUCCGAAAUAAAAUAUAAAAACCCUUCGAUUUUUGGAAGCAAACAUUUCUCUCCGUCGCGAACCUAAUCGACGACUAUUGUUGAUCAAGAAGAAGGUUUUAAAGUUGAAAGAUCAUGGAUAUCCCAGAGAAGAUGGAGAUGGAUCAACUGAAUCAAGGGUCGAGCUCAUCUCUUACCAAUAAGCGAAAAAGAGGUCGUCCUCGCAGAGACGAAAGCCAGACUCAGCAACCAGUGAACCCACCUGUUGAUGAGAAUCUGAUAGGUCGAGUUGUUUCUGGUGUGGUUGAAGGUUCUUUUGAGGCAGGCUAUUUUCUCAAUGUAAAGGUUGCUGACACGGAAAAGCAAUUGAAAGGCGUUGUUUUCUUACCUCAGAAAGUCACUCCACUUACCCCAGCAACUGAUUUGUUUCCCCAAGCUAAGAUGUAUGCAAGAAAUGAUAUCCCAAUUCCCUCUUCAUACCAACAAACUCCACUUCAGGAAAAGAAAAACGCUGGGAAUCAAACUGAUGACAUCGGUUCUGAGCCUCAAACAGAUGCCUUGAUCGCUGAUAAGAACCAGUCUGCUACUUGCACCACAUCGCUGCCUGAUGAUCAUCCAAUGAGGGAUGCGGGUGUUGGUUCUGUGGCUAUGGGUGAGAGGAAUGAUCCUAUUGAUACACUGAUGAAAGAUGUUGCUGGCUCUUCUGCAGAGGGUAAAGUCAUUGAACCUGCAGGCCAAACCCUCUCUCUCAUGCCACAGUUUGGUAGUGAUGGCGUACCCAAAGAAGAUCAUACUGUUCUGAGAUCCGAAGCUUGUGCAGCAAGUAAGACAGCAGUUACAGUCACUAUUACUUCACCUAAAGAUUCAAUUGCUAAAGGUUCUACUACUUUGGUUGAUUUCUUUUCAGCACCUGAAACGUCGCGAACGCAGGCCACUGGAUCCAGCUCUACACUGAACCUUGAACUCUUUCAGAAUCAAACUAAACGAUCAGGAACAGAGGAUGAGAAAACUCCUGCAGAUGCUGAACCUCGUGGAAUGGAGGAAAAACCGGCUUCUACUGUUGAAGAUGUGCCAGAGGAGCUUCAGCUAGAGCUUGGCAACAAGAACAUGAGUGCAUCAGGCAUUGCUACUGAAGCAAAUCCUGAUCAGUCUGUUUCAUCAAAGAGCGGGUUCUUGGCAAAUGCUUUUGAAGGAAAAGAAGAAAUCGCAAAAGAACCAGAAGAUUCUAAUGCAGCAGCUUCAGAGAGCGGCUUCCCAGUGGCAACAACACAAGUCGAUGCUAAUGAUUCUUGAAAAGUGGAUGCAGCAUCAAAGAAGCUGUUGGUAUUAUUGAGGAAGUGAACAGUUUUUUUUUGUUUUUCCCUCCUUUUGGUUAGAAUAGUUAGUAGCAAACUCUUAGUAGGCUCUCUCUUCUUCUCUCUUUUGUGGCAUUUUUGUUUUUGGUCUUGUGCCAAAAAUUAAAAAUUCUUAGGCUAAAUCUUUUGCCUUAAGUUUCUUUUUCUUCCUUCACGGUAAUGCAACUUUCGUGGUUCUCUCACAU